AUGCUGGAGGAGCUGUCUCUUGCCUCAAACCGAGGCUCCCGUCUGUUCAAAAUGCGCCAGAGACGCUCAGAAAAAUACACUUUUGAGACCAUCCAGAAUGAGAACAACAAUAAGCUCAAUAACAUGAUACUUUCUCAAACUGAGAAUGGGAGUGCCACAGACAACCACAGCAGCCAGAACAAUGCGGAUGGCGACCAGUCACCUGCUGUGCCAUCUGACACACCAGAUACAAGCAUGGUGGCAGAUCCAAACAGCAUCGCCCCAGGGUACGGAGGUCCUUUGAAAGGCAUCCCUCCGGAGAAGUUCAACAGUACAGCUGUACCAAAGUCCUACCACUCACCCUGGGAGCAGGCCAUCAUCAGUGACCCGGCAUUGGUUGACAUGCUCAUCACCCAUAUGCCGGAGCCGGAGCCCAAACAAGAUCUACCAGGAUACAAAAGUUUCAACAGGGUGGCAACCCCGUUCGGUGGUUUCGGCAAAGAACCUAGACCUGCUCCCAUCAAGGCCCUCCAGGUGGAACCCCUCCCCAACUACCCCGAGCUCCAGGGGGACGCGGAGGUGGAUCGACCCUCCUUCAACAGAUCUGCUCUGGGGUGGGUGUCGACCGGCGGCCCAAUCCCCCUCCAGACAGUUUCCUUUGAGCCUGGGCUCAUCCCUGAGUCAGAGGACCUUUGA